UUCUUUUUCUUUUUCUUUUCUUUAAAUGCGCUGUGCGGCGAAUCGAAGCCGGCGUCGCUAAAACCGCGUGAGCGUCUGAGCCCGUUUUUCUUCGAACAGCACUGUCGUAUUCUGUUUUAAAGUCACAUUUAUAACAAUGUGGUACGAAAUACUGCCCUCCAUGGGUAUCAUCGUCGCUCUGAUGUCAAUUCCAAAUCUGACCGCUAAGCCAAUAUCGUGGCUUUACGACGGCAAGCCUUACAGGCGGAUCCUGCAUGAUUACAGAUACCGGGAGGAUGCCAUGCGGGACGAGCGGCUGAGUGGUCAUAUAUACACGACCAUCGGACUUGAAGGAAUCCCUGAUGAGGAGGAGGAGAAGAAAUGAAGAAGCAAGCAAUAAAUUUUAUGUCAAACAUUGUAGUCAUAAAGUCAUAUAAAUGACAUUUGUACAGUGAAA